AGAGCACCUAACCUAACCUAACCUAACUUCAGAGAUUUCAAAUCAAUCAAUGCAAUGUUUGAAAUUGGCGCAUUGGUUACUGUUGCUUUGUUGUGGGGAUGUACAAAUCCGAUUUUGAAGCGGAAUUCUACAAAGAUAGUAGAAAUUAAGUCGACUUCAAAAAUUCAGAAAUUCUACUUGGAAGUUAAAUAUCUAUUCACUAAUCUUGAUUAUAUGAUACCAUUCAUUGUGAAUCAAUUGGGGUCUGUGAUAUAUUUUAUAGCUUUACAAAAUAUUGAUAUAUCACUUGCUCUACCUGUUUCUAAUUCAUUGACAUUCGUCUUUACUGCAAUAAUGGGUUGGAUAUUAGGAGAGGACCUACCUAAGAGAAAUGUAAGUCUGGGUAUUCUGCUGAUAUUCAUUGGUACUGCUUUAUGUUCUUAUGCUAAACAGCCAUAUAGUAACUAAAGGAUAAUAAGGAAGAAAAAAAACAUUUUUGGAUUCAUGAUAUUGACUAUUUGGAUACGAUACAAAGAAGUUGUGAUAAAUAUAUAUUAAAUAUUUUAAAACUAUCUAUACAAUACACUAUGACUUGUAACACAUUACUUGAUACAAUUUAAAUACUUUACAUUAAAUAAAAAUAUCAGUUUUUUCUA